AUGAUCAAUGCGCCGACCGCCAGAGAAAGACGCGGAGGCAGCCUUGUCGGAGAGGGACGUGAUCUCCUCGAAUGCCACCCUCCAUACUCUCUUUGGAAGGGCCAGGCAAAAGUCGUGGAUGACGGGACCUGGAGCAGCGCUAGUCCGACCAACCCCUCGUACCAGCAGUCUCUCAAAGGCUCCAGAACUUCCAGCGACACUGGCACAGAAGUGAGCUCAUGCGAUACUGGAAAAGUUGACAAAAACAUACAAGCUAACAUUGCGCAUAGGGGGUUAUCGACCAUCCUACCUUCGCCUGCUCCGAGUGGUGAGCCGAGCCCAGUCCUUUCGAGCAGCCCCAUCAACGGUUUGCGAAACGAAUCUCGAAUCGAUGUACGGAAUGAAUCUGACAGGCGUAUCUCUACCACUACAAUCAACGAGCCGACGAGCCGACGAGUCUCGGUAAUGGAGGCUAAUCGUGACGCUGAACCUCCCCAAGGGCCUCGAGUGAGUACGGCUAUUUCCCGUCCGUCCUCACCUUCGAACGAGUCAGUGAAUCCAUCACCAGCGCAAUCACGCAGACAGUCGGUGAACCCUACACAAACUGCCGAGAUAUCUACAAUGGAGAUCCCUCCCUUGCCGUCUCCGUUUUUCCUCCCAUCAGAGACAGAAGGCCAAAUGCAUGAAGAAAUGCUCUCCCCGCUCCCCGAGGCUUCAUCACUUGCGCCGACUCCAGAGAACCACUCACUCCUCUUUCCGCAGACAUCCUCACUUUCAGAUCUUGGUUCAACAUCUCGCCCAGCAAUCACCCACCAGCAGGAAGUGGGAGCACCGAACAGUCAUCAGAUCUCCAGAGACACCAGAGAACUGUCACCCAGUCGAAUGAAUACGGCCUCUGCCUCGAGGACAAAUGAUUCCCAGCCACCAACUGCGCAUUCCUAUCCUAGCCCAAAUAUGCCACUAGCCCCGAACCCUAACAAGCGCCAAAGAACUCAAGCACCUGUCAUGCCGUCUCUCAAGGGUAGGGUCAUCUUGAUUGAAAAAUAUAUUGAGUCAUGCGGCGGCUGGAUGAAGUUGAACAGCGACCUGGAGCUUCUACGUUUUCAAUUUUUGAAAGAUGCCUGCGACAAAGAGGAUCCAUUCUACGUGGCAUUGCACCAGAUUUACUGCGCUUGGGAUACUAACCGCGUAGAGGUUGCGAACAUUCAAGGGUUUCCGCAUCUUAACACAUUGACCUUAGCCUUCCACACACUUGGACAAUUGAUUCGCGGUAACGAGCAAUUAGCGGCUAGCCAAAGAAUCUGGUUUUCCAAGUUCCCCAGUCCGUUAAGGGAUCUUCUAAGAAGCUCAGAGCCGUACCGCAACCAGGUGGCAGAUGUUGGGGUCUUCUUAGGGCGUCUGGCUAAUCAGUGGGGUCCUUUGUCCGUGGAGUGCAUGAGACGAAGAUAUCCUCCACUGGCCGAUGAGUUGGUAGAAAGAUUGGGUUUACUCUCCCCAAUUUUACAAUCGAUUGCGUUCACCGCCAGUCGCCGCAACCUAGGUAUCAGGGAUGAAGAAGCAGGCACCACAAUGGAGGACCUCUUCAGACGGGAUCAGCGGGAACACCAAGCACUGGCGGCUCGUUACAACACAGCUCGACCGCCAACAGCUAGAGAGGUACAACAGCGGAACGCUACCCUCGCCAAGGAAUACUUGACACUGUACAAUCAAUUACUGCAACAACGCUCUUCGGCUGCCAUGGCUGGAACCCAUGUUAUGAGAAAUCCAUCUCCUGUAAUUGCUAGUAACACACUGGCUGGAAAUGGCACCCAGCACCAUCACCUUAUGUCUAGAGCCCAGCCUGUCGAAAACUCAGCUGCGUGGCACCAAAACGUACCCAGCCCGGAUCCCAACGCAAAUUGGCAAUCCGCCAAUCAUAAUCAGCAAGUACCAACUCGUGUAUCAGACAGCUCUCCAAAUCCAUUCGUAAUGGCAAGUCAUUCCCAUAGCGUGGGAGGCUACCGGGUCUAUCCAAACGCCCCAAGCCCACCACUCCUCCAAGGCCUUUCAAUGCAGUCUCCGUCUCAGCAAGGGCUUCAAUCUGUGCCCUUGGCAAGUAAUCAUUUACAGACGCAGCAGAGUAUGCAGCCGGCGUAUCCUAUGGCCCCUGCUGCAAGACGCUUUCAGCAGCCGACGGAUAUACAGCAAUAUGCCCAAUAUGUCCAAACUGCAUACCAACAGCAGCAGAUUACCCAGCACCUCACAUUUCAACAACAGCAGCAGCAGCAGCAGCAGCAGCAGCAGCAACAACGACAGCAUCAACAAAACAUAGUGCCCCGACAGCAGUCGCAACAAAUUAUAAACUUCCUUGCCAAUCAGCACGGAGCUGCUCCUCAAACUUCUUGGCCUCCAAGCCAGCCCUCGUUACCCCAAAAUGUUCAGUUGGUGCGUCAACAGCCGAAUCAAGUUGGACAACAAAUGCCUGACCCGAGUCAUCAUGAUCAGAUGAGACAUGGCAGCAACGGAACCCUCGAUGCCCUGCGGCCUCACGUCAGAACUAGCGGUACCGGCAGCAACGGGCCACAGACUCCAUCAGUAAACCUUCCUGCCAGGCCUCCAACCAGGAUACCUGCACCACAUGCCCUGCCUCUUGGUAGGACCAUGCCGGACCCUAUUACGACAUACAGCCAGAAACCUCGAAUGGCGCGAGGGCUUAUCCCUCCUCUGCAUUAUUUGCACCCACCGCAGCCUAUUGUUCCUGAUACGAUAGCCUUACAUCAGGCCCAUCUUCGCAGUCCGCGUCUAGUUGCUGCUGAUGUGCCUUCUUCCGGUGUCGCGUCAGACAGUCCAAGUCUCCGCUUUUACCAAGCCAUCAGAGAAUUUGCUCUCCCACCAACGCGGAUACCUAUGAACACUCCUCUCUCGAAGCUUGAAUUUAGGACUCCCAAGGAUCAGCUUUCGCUAAUUGCCCAAGACAUUCGCCAUAGUGAUGGCCAAGUGCCAACUCGUAACUACAAGCGCGGUACGCUUCAAUAUCGCUUGCGCUGUGUGAAAACUCAGAGAACCGAUUUGAAGUGCUCGAUUGCAGAUUGGGUCCUGUUAGACACGGUCUGGCCCGAAAGUGCAUCCUUGUCCAUCAAUCAGAAUCGGCUCGAAUUGAGGCGCAAGAGCCACCAUGGAAAAGAUCAACCCGUUGAUGUUACAGCCUGCGUGCGUGACUCUGGUCCUGAUGGCAUCAGUCAAGUUUCACUAUCGAUCAUCAGAGGCCGCUCAAAGUGGAAGGAAUUCGGCUAUUUCAUAGCUGUAGAGCUGAUCGAAAUUCUGCAGCAUGACCAGAUUGUCGAGAUGAUCGGCAGCAACCGAAUCGCUGCAAACGUCACUUUGGAGAAUAUUAAGAGAAACCUAGCGGGGCCGGCGGACGACCAUGACGACGAUAUUGCCAUGGUUGUCAGUGAUCUUUCAAUCGACCUGGCAGAUCCCUUCUCCGCUCGUAUAUUCGACACGCCGGUCCGUGGAAGCAGCUGCUUGCAUCGAGAAUGCUUCGACUUGAAGACCUUUCUCUUAACGCGAAACGGCAAACCAAAACGCCAAGGACAGCCAUGCAUGAUUGAUGUCUGGAAGUGUCCACUGUGUGGCAAAGAUGCUCGCCCUUACAGUCUUGUCAUCGAUGACUUCCUCGUCUCGGUACGACAGUCGUUGGAAGCUCAAGGAAACCUCGAUGUGAAGGCUAUCUGGGUUGGAGCGGACGGUAAAUGGCGACCUAAAACUGAAAAGCGGAAAUCCAUGCGUGAUCCGAACGAUAGCGACUUCAGUGACGAUGAGGGUGACGAAAAACAAGGUGAUGCCCCGAGAAAUCCAAACCCGCCAUCAGCGAGUCGGGUGGUGAUAGAACUCGACGACUCCUGA